AUGUCUUUGUCAGGUAAUAUUGCGGAACAAUUAAAUGAAAAAACUAAGACCAUUGAAUUUUUUUCAUUAGCACUCGACGAAUCCACUGAUAUUAGUUCCACAGCUCAACUUCUGAUAUUCAUACGAGGUGUUACUCAAGAUUUUGAAGUCUUAGAAGAGUUAUUAGGAAUGUGUUCAUUGAAAGGUCAAACCAGAGGAGUUGAUAUACUCAAUGUACUUAUGGAUGAGUGUUCAAUAACUGAUUUGGACUUAUCAAAAUUAUCGGAAGUUGCGACUGACGGUGCUCCUUAG